AUGGGGCGCGGCGGUAUCAUCGUCUACAUCAUCUAUGCGUCUUGGUACACCGUCACGGCCGAUUUGGCCAACCUACUGGGGAAGAUCUACCACCUCAAGACCGUGCAGAUCGGACUGUGCUACGUGCCUUUCGGAAUCGGGGCAGCACUCUCGAUCUUGGGGAAUGGAUACGCCCAAGAUUGGAACUGUGCGCGGGUUGCACGCGCGAACGGCUUUAUGGCUGACAAGAAGCACGGAGACGACCUGGCCAAGUUUCCAAUCGAGAGGGCUCGGAUCGAUAUUGUGUGGCCACUCAUCUACGUGGGUGCUUUCGCGACCAUCGGCUUCGGGUGGGCAGCCGAGACGAAAACACAUCUUGCCGUGCUGUUGAUUCUCACCUUCAUCAUGGCGCUCUUCCUCACCGCUUGCUACAACAGCAUGAAUCUUCUGCUGGUUGACCUCUACCCCAACUCGCCGUCAACCGCUUCCGCGGCGAACAACCUGACUCGAUGCCUGAUGGCUGCCGGAGGCUCAGCAGUCAUUGAGCCCAUGAUCCGUGCCAUGGGGGCAGGGUGGGCGUAUACACUCGUUGGAUAG